AUGGCGGUGCAGGGAAUCGGGCUCAACGAGCUUAAAGCCAUCUGCGGGCCGCUCUGCCCCACCUGGGUCAAGUUCACCGAAUACGAUGAUGCGGAUUGGGUCACGCGGAUGCUAUCGGAGCUGUGGCCGCACAUCAACAAGGCGACGAGUCAGGUGGUGCGCGAGACGAUGGAGCCGAUACUGGAGGCGAACCGCCCGUCCAUCGUGUCGUCCAUGACCUUCCACAAGUUCGAGCUGGGCAAGGACCGCGAGAAGGCGCCGCACAUCGAAGGCAUCAAGCUACACAAGACGGGCGCGGAGGAGGAGCAGGUGAUCAUGGAUCUGCUCAUCUGCUGGCAGAGCGACGCCUCCAUCAUUCUCAACAUCAAGACCGCUGCUGUCACGCUGCAAGUGCAGGUGAAGAAUCUUGUGUUCCAGGCCACGCUGCGCCUCAUCUUCCAGCUGGGCGAGCAGAUGCCCUGCAUCGACGCUGUUGUCGCCUCGCUGCUGCGCAAGCCGCGCCCCAAGGUUGAUUUUGUGCUCAAGGCGGUGGGGGGAUCGCUGGCGGCCAUUCCAGGGCUGGAGAAGCAGAUCGACAACACGGUGGCAUCGGUGCUGGAGUCGGUCAUAUUGUGGCCUGAGCGCAUUGUUGUCAAGCUCAACCCGGCCUUUGACGAGAAGUUGCUGGAGAUGAAGUAUGAGGGCGAGCUGGUGGUGACGGUGGUGCGCGCAGAGGGAGUGAAGAACGUGGACACGCUGGGCAAGUCGGACCCGUACACCACCAUCUGGCUCAACCCCAAGCACAUGGCCAAGACGGGCGUGUGCAAGAACAACCUCAACCCCCAAUGGAACGAGACGUUCCUGCUGCCCGUGGAUGACCCGCACACCGCGGAGCUCACCAUCAAGGUGGAGGACGAUGAUGUGAUGCAGGACUCGGAUCUGGGGUGGGCGCUGUUCCCCCUGGCGGAUCUGAUGGACAAGAGCGAGCCGUACCAGGUCACCCUUGACCUGCUGCCCCGCCUGCACGACGACAAGCUGCUGGGCAAGGAUCACAAGCUCGGCCGCAUCACUCUGCUGCUGGCGUAUCGUGAUUACUCAGACGAGGAGAGGGACAGCGUGACCGCGGCAGAGAAGGCACGUGAGCCGCGCAUAAAGGACCACAGCGUGCCGGCCGACCAGGCCACCGCCGCCAUGGCUGCCGCUGCUGCCGACUCCGAGCGCCGCGUGCGCGAGGCGGCUGAACGCACCCUCAUGACCCCCAGAACCCCGCGAGCAUCCAUGGCGCGGCGCACGUCUGAGGUGGGGCAGAAGUCUACCAAGGUGGUGGAGCAGUCCCAGACGAGCAGCAGCUCUGAUGCGGCUGAUGAUGCUUUGCCUGUCUCCGUUGCUCCUGGCGCCCCUGCUGCUGCUGUUUCGGAUGCUGAUGCUGAUGCUGCAGUGGCGGCAGAAGCAGCAGCAGCAGCACCAGCGCCGCGUGCUAUGCCCAGCCUUGCGCGAUCCAUGGGUGACUUGAAGCACCGGGAUAGGGAGGGGGCCCUGCAAGUGUCCUUGGACCAAGAGGCAGCAGACUCAGCCGCAGCAGCCGCCUCCGCAGCAGCAGCAGAGGCGGAAGGGGAGGCUCCUCUCUCCCCUGCGCUGUCGCCGGGCCCUGAUGGGAAGCCCAAGAGGAGGAGUGGGGCGAUGGGGUUUAUGAGCAAGGUGGGGCAAAUCGGCAGGAAUGUGAAGUCGGGCAUUGAGGGAAGCCUGUCGCCCAAGGAGCACCACUGA